AUGGCUGCUCCUCCCGCCUCCAACUUCUUCUACCACACCCGUGCCCGCAAUCAAAAGGGCCAACUCCCUCCUCGUCCAUUCAGACCCAAUGGACCAAAGCCAUCGCCACCAUUCAACCGUACCAACAACACCUCCUCCAACGCUCCUCAUCAUCAGAGGCAGCCAAACCACCCUCCAAACCAACCAUACAACCAUCAAAGUGGGCCAUCCAACCCACGGUCCCAGAGACCAUCCGGCAACCCUCACUACAAAUCCAACUCUGGCAUCUCCAAGCCAGCACCCCGAAAACCAUAUCGUGACUCCGAUGGAGAUAUCUCCAUGACCGACGUAUUUGUCAAGUCUCAACCUCAAAAGAGACAACCAACCAAUCCUCCUCCAACCAAGAACAAUCCGAACACUGGCCGUAAAGCCAACACCGACAACAUCAACACACCUCAUCAAUAUCGACGCGGCACACUCAAUAAGUCCGCCCCUAAGAGACCAUUCUCUAAAGACUUCGACGGGGAUACACCCAUGUUCGACAUCCUCGACAUGGCCCCCACCCCGACAAACCUCCCUGUUACCCAACCGAUCCAGCUACCAUGCUACCCAGUAAUCUACCCUUCCGUCGACUUCGACGGUGACUCUAUGAUGCUCGAAGCCUUCUAA